AAGUCCAACAAAGUAAACGGGUGAGGAGCAGUAACAUACCCCGCCAGGUCUAGUGAUACUAAUUUCCAACUUGAAUGCGCGGGAAAUUCAUCUUACAGUUGCCGGGGGGAAGAAUAUUCCGAGGAGAGAGAUGGACGAUCAGGACUUGGAGUUGGAGAAGGCGAGAUUGAUUAGUCUGGCUCUGGAAUUUGGAUUCGACGAGGCCUCCGCCAACAGGUGUUUGGAUCGCCUUGUUCAGCUGUAUGGUGAUGAUGGGCGAGAUUUCAUCACUGUGGAGCAUUGUGGUGAUGACUUUCUGGCAUCACUUGCUGAAUGUAUGCAAGACACUGAGGAUUGGGAUGAUGUGCAAGCCAUCGAAGCAGAAGCAUGUGGUGCUUUGACUGAGAUUCUGGACAAGGAUCUUCUCCAGCAAUAUGAUGCAAAGGUUACAAAAAGUAACCAAAUUCAUGUCAUAAAAGAUUCUCCUGAAUCUCAGAAGCAUCAAAAUAUUAUGCAGUUGGAUUCAUCAAGUGACGAUGAAGUAGCAUUCCAAAAUGUUCCUGGAAAAAAGCAUGUGAAACCUUCCUCUCAUGUAUAUUUAGAUGGCAAUGGUCAUGACCCUUCUCCAAGUUGGACUAGACCUACAUCAAUCUCUGACUACUGGAGUGAUCUAACUCAAAGUUCAGGUCCAUCAGUUUAUCAAGAAGUACAGCACUCCAGGUCAUAUGACAAUAUGCAUGGAACUCUCACAUUUGAAGAGCUGCAGAAACUGGAUGAUAUGGAACUUGCAAAUGUUGUUGUAUUUGGUAAUAGAAGUUUCCGGCCACUGCAGCAUCAGAUUUGUAAGGCAUUUCUUGGUCAGCAUGACUGUUUUGUUCUUAUGCCUACAGGAGGUGGUAAAAGCCUCUGUUACCAGCUUCCAGCCAUUCUCCGCCCAGGUGUUACAGUUGUUAUAUCUCCACUUCUUUCCCUCAUUCAAGAUCAGAUUGUUACCCUGAAUCUCAAAUUUGGAAUACCAGCAACUUUCUUAAAUUCUCAACAGAAGCCUUCACAAGCAACAGCCAUACUUCAAGAAUUAAGGAAAGAUAAGCCUUCAUGUAAACUUCUGUACGUAACUCCAGAAAGGGUUGCUGGAAAUUUAUCAUUUCAAGAGAUCCUAAUAUGUAUGCACAGGAAGGGACAAUUAGCAGGAUUUGUUGUUGAUGAAGCUCACUGUCUGAGCCAAUGGGGACAUGAUUUUCGUCCCGAUUAUAGAUUACUAGGAUGUCUUAAGCAGAAUUUUCCUCGUGUUCCUCUAAUGGCUUUAACUGCCACUGCAACACAGAUAGUUCGCAAGGAUAUCUUAAAUUCAUUGAGAAUCCCUCAUGCAAUAGUACUUGAGACAAGUUUUGAUAGGCCCAACUUGAAGUACGAAGUGAUAGGGAAAACUAAAGAACCACUCAAGCAGCUUGGGAAAUUACUGAUGGAUAAUUUCAAAAGCUUAUGUGGGAUCGUAUACUGCCUCUCAAAAAAUGAGUGCGUGGAGGUCUCGAAGUUUCUGAAUGAGAAAUUCAAGAUCAAAACUGUAUAUUACCACGCUGGUUUGUCUGCUCGUCAGAGGGUUGCUGUUCAGAAGAAAUGGCAUAGCGGAGAAGCCCAAGUAGUCUGCGCGACCAUAGCUUUUGGGAUGGGAAUCGACAAACCUGAUGUUCGUUUUGUUGUUCACAACACCAUGUCCAAAUCGAUUGAGAGUUACUAUCAGGAAUCGGGGAGGGCAGGCCGAGAUAAUCUAUCUGCCACAUGCGUCCUUCUGUACCAGAGGAAAGAUUUCAGCCGGGUGGUGUGCAUGCUUAGAAGUGGACAAGGAGGCAAAAGAGAAAGCUUCAAGGCGGCCAUGGAUCAAGCCCGAAAAAUGCAGCAGUACUGUGAACUCAAGGACAAAUGCCGUAGACAAGCUUUACUUGAACACUUUGGAGAAUCCUUUGAUCGGAGUGCCUGCAAAAAUGGUACCAAUCCUUGUGACAACUGUGUCAAGUUAUCUUCAUGAUCAAGAAUGCACGAAUCUUUUCUCCUUUUCUCCAGUCUAACGUAGUGGAUCUAUCCAGAAACCAAUCUUCUGGCGUAAUCCUGCUUUGUGGAAAAACAUGGAAUUCCACCGAAAACAACUUUUUCCGUGGGAGCCUAAUAUGUCCGCUUGCUGCACUAUUUUGCAACUGGCUAGGACUAGAAAUGAUCUUCCUUACUGCCAGGAUUGCCAGAAGAUAGAAUGGGCCAGUCCUGUUAUACGAUUUUCGAUAGGUCUAGAGAUAUGCUUUGCCUAUCAUCUGCUUUAAGUAGAGUAUAUAAUCAGCAGAACGUCGUUGAGGAAAACCAAUAUGUAGUCUUGCAGAUUUUCCAGGAAACACAAGAUACAAACAGGUUAAUUAUGCUUUUUGUCGUCACCUGUAAGUCUCUUGACAUCACUGUUUUAGUAGUAUUUAUCUCUCUUCAAUGGAAUAGUAUUCAUACUUACUUGAAUCUUGGAGAUAAAUUGAUAGCCUUACAACAAGAGGAUGAAAUU